AUGAUCAAAGGCCAAUACUCCGUAGAGGAUGAAGGUGAUAUUGGUGACGAGGGCGUGAGAUCGGAUGCGAGAUCCGAACAAGCAGAAGCGGACGACGAAAGACAAAGACGACCCUUGCCAGGCGCUACGCUGCGAAUCAUUGUGAUGCUCUUAGCCGCAGCCGCACCAGAUCCGGGGAGGCCGCGCUCGAUACCAGCGCCAGGGGAACUCGCUCGCUAUGGUGGCUCUCUGAUUUGUCGGGCUGGGCGGCACACAAACGGACUAUUGAUUCGGCCCAGGGAUGGAUGGCAUGCAGGAUCGAGCAGAUGA